AGGCUCAGACCGGGCUGGCCAACGUGGCGGAGGGAGAGCGCAGGCCCCAGCUCUGGGGAAAGUUUGUCCGCCACUGCUACAGCGGGGAUUUGACCAGGACACGCGGGACCCAGAGCCCAGCCCUGCCGCCCAGCGCUACUCGCUAGCUAUGGGCCUUCGCCCAGCUGUCCUCCUGCUCUGUGCCUCUGUGUCUUUGCUGGGGGGCCUGACCUUCGGAUAUGAGCUGGCCGUCAUAUCUGGUGCCCUCCUACCACUCCAGCUGAACUUCGGGCUGAGUUGCCUCGAACAGGAGCUCCUGGUGGGCAGUCUGCUCUUGGGUGCUCUCCUCGCCUCCCUUGUCGGGGGCUUCCUCAUUGACUGCUAUGGCAGGAGACGAGCCAUCCUAGGGAGCAAUGCGGUGCUGCUGGCUGGCAGCCUGAUUCUGGGUCUGGCCAGCUCCCUGCCCUGGCUGCUCCUGGGCCGUUUAUCUGUUGGCUUUGCCAUCUCUCUGUCUUCCAUGGCUUGCUGUAUCUACGUGUCAGAAUUGGUGGGGCCGCGGCAGAGGGGUGUGCUGGUGUCCCUCUACGAGGUGGGCAUCACUGUGGGCAUUCUGUUCUCUUACGGCCUCAACUACGUCCUGGCUGGCAGCCCUUGGGGCUGGAGGCACAUGUUUGGCUGGGCAGCUGCACCUGCUCUCCUACAGUCACUCAGCCUCUUUCUUCUCCCUGCUGGUGCAGAGGGCACAGCAGCCCCCAAAGACCUUAUCCCACUCCAGGGAAGGGAGACAAGCAAACCGGGCCUGGUGAAGCCACAGUACAGCUUUCUGGACCUCUUCAGGGCCCAGGACGGCAUGUGGAGCCGGACUGUAGUGGGGCUGGGGCUGGUGCUGUUUCAGCAGCUCACAGGACAGCCCAAUGUGCUGUAUUACGCCUCUACCAUCUUUCGCUCCGUUGGCUUCCACGGGGGCUCCUCAGCUGUGCUGGCUUCUGUGGGGCUUGGCACGGUGAAGGUGGCUGCCACCUUGGUCGCCACGGGGCUGGUGGACCGUGCAGGCCGCAGAGUCCUCCUGCUCUUUGGAUGCGCUCUCAUGGCCUUAUCGGUCAGCGGCAUAGGCCUGGUCAGCUUUGCUGUGUCCCUGGACUCUGGACCCAGCUGCCUGGCCACAUCCAAUGCCAGCCAGCAGGUGGAUCUGCCUGGAAGCUCGGGUUUGCUUGUGCGUUCAUCUCUGCCGCCAGUGCUACACACCAAUGGGGACCAAGGACAGCUGGUCCUGUCAGUCACUGAGAGACCCAUCCAUCCAGUCAUCACAGCAUCCCUGGGACCAGUUCUGAACACUGCCUCCCCAGUUCCCACCAGUCCCAUCCUUGAGCAUACCCUGCUGUGCUGGUCUGCGCUGGUUUGCAUGAUGGUCUACGUGAGCGCCUUCUCGGUUGGCUUUGGACCAGUAACCUGGUUGGUCCUCAGUGAGAUCUACCCAGCGGAGAUCCGAGGGAGAGCCUUCGCCUUCUGCAGCAGCUUCAACUGGGCAGCUAACCUCUUUAUCAGCCUCUCCUUCCUCGACCUGAUCGGUGCCAUCGGCUUGGCUUGGACCUUCCUGCUCUAUGGGCUGACCGCUGUCCUUGGCCUGGCUUUCAUCUACCUACUUGUUCCUGAAACCAAAGGACAGUCUUUAGCUGAAAUAGAGCAGCAGUUUCAGACAAGCAGGUUCCCUCUAAACUUUGGCCAUAGGCAGCGCAUCGGUAUUCAGUACCAUCGCCUGGAUGUCUCCUCAGCCUCCUGAGGCAUCCGUCUGCUUGGAAGAUGCUGGGACAUUGGUUCCUGCAGCCCAUCUCCUGCUCCCUGCCUGCUGGGGUCUGAAACUCCUGAUACAGAUUUCCUUCUGUAGUGACCUCUGCUCCCAGAGGCUGCCUCUUGCCGGUGUGAGAGAUAACUGCCAAACUCUUCAUUUUGAGUGUGAGACUCUGAGGGCUCUCUGGAAGAUUUAGCUCCAUGCCUCAGUUUCCCCAGGGAGUUGACUUGUCUGCCAUGUUUAUAAUGACAUCCUCUGUGGCGUUCAUCAAGUGCUUCUCAGAGGACCUGGGAAGGAAGUGUCUCUUACCACCAUCCCCAACCAGCAGAGGCUGUGAGUCUCCGCCUUCCUCGUCCCCUUGCUGGGGUCUUAGUGAUCCAGAGCCUGUAUUCAUCAGCCCCUCCCACUUGCCCAAGAUGUUUAUCAGGUGCUGGGACUCUGACUGGGGACAGCAGGCUGUAACGGAGAUGGUCUUAUGACCCUGGCCUCAGUUUCCCCAUGUGUCUCACAGAAACUGGACUAGGCUACUCCUAAGAUCCCUUCUCACUCCACAAGGACCGAAGUCUCAGAGCAGGGAUAUAAUAAGCACUCAAUGAAGGGGCCCUGUCGAGUGGCUCUGGGGACAGAAGCUUUGUUAGUUAGCAGAGAGUGCACCUCUGUUCCAGAGUCUAGCAUUCUGGAAUGUAAGAGCAGGACUCCAACGUGUGACAAGUGCUAGGACCCCAAUAGUUUCCAGGGUUCGGCAGAAGGCUUUGAAUGAAGGAAGGGAUUAGAGGGACUCAUCCGUGUGUUGGUGAUUGUGGCUUCUACUUCAGUUGCUACUGACUUCCUAAAGCCCUGGUUUAUUCAUCUGCAGAAUGGGCACAGUUGUGUGCCUCAGGAUAUAUUGACGUACGCCAUCUCUCUCAGGAGAGUCUUCCGUGAGCCCUGGGGGCUUCUGCUCACCGUGUUACAUAGAGCUCUUCUUUGGGGGCGUUGUAAAGGUCAGUCAACUGGAGACAAGCAAGAGCCUCAGGUCAGAGGUCACAUAAGGAGGACAUCAAUAAAACAGAGUUAGUUCCUAGACACUGGGUAGCUGGCCUCACCAGCACUGUCAGCUGUCAUACCCUCCUGGUUCCCAAGCCUGGCCUGGUGACCAUGCUCUCUGUUUCUAGAUACGUCAUUCAUAACCAGUGGUGUGCUGGAUUAAGCUUGUGCUGGCUCCCCAGAGCUGACUGCCACGCAGUUGGGACUUCUACAGACUGGUUGCUAAGCACUGGCAUCAUCUAGAAAGUGUUUUCAUGGAUAAUAAACAAUCAGUGUAAUUAUAAUAGUCAAUACUCAAACCUCAUCACCGCCUAUGUGCUGGUGCAUGCCUGUAAUCCCAGCACUCAGGAGGCUAAAGGAUUGAGUGUUCUAGGCCAGUCUGGCUUCAAACUGAAAUCUUAUCCAACCAAAUCAAUAGACGAAUACAAAAAAACCAAACCUUAUCACUGCCUCCUAACAUCUCUGCUGCCCUUCUCCCUCCUCCACGCUGCUGGGAUGCCCUCUGUGUGUGUGUGUGUGUGUGUGUGUGUGUGUGUGUGUGUGUGUGCUUACAGAGUGCUCUUCAGGUGGAACGUUUUCUCACACAAAGACGUGUAAUUUAAAAGUGUAUUUUGAAAUAAAUUAUUUUGAGCACAAACGC